AAGAUCCGAAUCUAGGGACGACCGGGUUCCUCCACCCCAGGAUUCUCGUGGCGACCUCGCAACAACCUUGCUCUUCGCAUCUUUUCAGUUGCCGAAUCUCUCUCGCCUUCUCUGCUUCAGGCUAUAGUCAGUCUGUUCUUGGUGAUAGGUUUAGUCACAGUAACUCUUCUACUAUCGUUUGCUUGCUCCUCCGAUUUGCGCCGAGAAGCAACCGCUAUAGUUUUCAGCGGUUUCUUUUGUUCCACUUGAUGUUGCUUUCGCUUAAAGGGCGGUUCCUUCCUCCAUUUGCCUGCCAAUAUCCACUUUUGACGAGACAGAUAUUUAUUGGAUCUAGUUCCGGAAGAAGAUAAGAUUUUCCUCACAGAUUAUCCUUUUUGCUUUGCUCUAUUCUCUUUGAUUUUGUCAGCUUUGCGCCCCCAAUUUUCAACCGGAUCAAGACGACCCGAGCAUUCUUUGAUUUCUUUCCCCCACAACGGCCAUGUCGCUGAGCCGAUUCUCGCAGUGGAUAUGGCCGGGGAGCAGAGCCAGAAACCGUAGAGGCCGCGACCGCGAGCCACCGGCGUGGAGCAGCACGGCCGUGACGAAAGGCCUCUUCCCGGACUCCCCGUCCGGGUUUCGGGAGCCAGACGCCGGCGUCGGGCGCACGGGCAUGAUCAGCCGGCGCGGCGGCCGCGCGGAGGACAGGGUCGACAGCGAGCACGGCAUGGUUAUCGUGCAGUCCGACGGCGACGGCUGCCUGUCUGACUCGGACUCCGACGCCUCCGACUGGUCCAUCGGCUGGUUGGAGCCGCUCGCGCCGGAUCUCCAUAGUGACGUGGACUCCGAGGGCAGCUUCGCCGUCCUCGUGCCGUGCUAUCGACGCGGCCGCGUUGACCGACCUGCCCGACCUGAUGGUAGGUUCCCUGGUCCUGGUGGUGUCCCCGCCCACGGCGGCGUUUCUGAUAACAGGACUUCUGUGGAGCAGUGGGUGUCUUCCCUUCAGAACUGAUUUCUCCAGUUCCAUUCUUAGCUGGCUUCAAUGUAUAAUACAGUAUUGUUUCAUUCCUCAUGUGUGGGAAUAGAUGAAGAGAGGAAACCCAAAAGGGAAAAGGAAGAGGACAGAAUCACAGAACAGAACAUUAGCAAUGGAUUAUAUAUAAAAAAAACAACAACGGAUGGGUCAUGGGUGCAUCAUUCUUCCUAAGGUUCCAAGGCUACCUUAUUCUUGCAGAGUAAGACCAUCGUGAUAACCUUGAUUUGUGAUUGGUAUGAAAUGUCAUUGACACUUUUGACGAUGGAGCAAUGGAUUGAUGGCCUCAUUAUCCCAUUUUCUUCUAAAGUCUAGACUACCUGUAUAUACAAUCAUUAUGUCAUUGGCAUGUUCUUUCUUCUGCAUUCAUGAAUAACUGGAACUGCUCUUAUGGAUUCCACGUAUCUUUUGUAUGAAGAUUAUUUAGUUUUUGUC